UGAAAGAUUCUCAACAUGGCUGGUAAUUUUUGGCAAAGUUCUCAUCAUCAACAAUGGAUACUAGAUAAACAAGAUCUAAUUCGAGAUCGCCAACAUGAUUUAGCUAAGCUGUCGGAGGAAGAAUAUCAAAAAAUAUUCAACUUUUUCGCGAGCAUUAUACAAGUUUUAGGGGAGCAGUUAAAAUUACGACAACAAGUAAUUGCCACGGCCACUGUGUAUUUUAAACGUUUCUAUGCGAGGAAUUCAUUAAAAUGUAUAGACCCAUUACUCUUAGCGCCAACGUGUGUAUUUCUCGCUUCUAAGGUAGAGGAGUUUGGCGUGAUUUCAAACUCAAGACUGAUAACAACAUGUCAAACAGUUAUUAAAAACAAAUUUAGUUACGCGUAUGGACAGCAAGAGUUUCCAUACAGAACGAAUCAUAUACUCGAAUGUGAAUUCUAUUUACUAGAAAAUUUAGAUUGUUGCCUUAUAGUUUAUCAGCCAUAUAGACCUCUGUUACUCUUUGUUCAAGAUAUAGGACAAGAUGAUCAACUUCUGACUUAUGCUUGGAGAAUUGUUAACGAUUCUCUCCGGACUGAUGUUAGCUUACUAUACCCUCCAUAUCAGAUUGCAAUUGGGGCCCUUCAUAUAGCAUGUGUUAUGCUUGGAAAAGAAAAUUUAAAACCCUGGUUCGCUGAACUAAAUGUUGAUAUGGACAAAAUACAAGAAAUUGUCAGGUCAAUAAUCAAUUUAUAUGAAAUGUGGAAGAGUUAUGAUGAGAAAAAGGAAAUUCAAAGUCUUCUAGGAAAAAUGCCAAAGCCAAGUCCAGCACCUCAAAGAUAAUACUAUAUAUUGGAAUAAUAUUUUUACUAGUGACUGUUUUACUUUAUAAAGAAUUGAUAAUUCAAAAA